AUGUCCUCCAAGGACGACCUCAAAGCCCACGCGGCCUCAACCGAAGACUUCUACGCCCUCCUCGACAUCUCCCCCGCAGCAGCCGAAACCGAGAUCCGACGCGCGUACCGCCGCACCGCCCUGAAAUACCACCCGGACAAGAUCGCCAACCCCACGCCGGCCGACAUCGACAAGUUCCACCUCCUCCAGAUCGCCUACGAUGUGCUCUCCGACCCGGCUGUGCGGCAGCUCUACGACAAUGCGCGGGAGGCACGCCAGCGCAAGCAGCGCGAGCGGGAGAUGAUGGACUCGGCGAAGAGGAAGAUGCGCGAGGAUCUGGAGGCGAGGGAGCGGGCGGGUGCGGCAGGUGCGGCGGGGAUGGGCGGGCAGCAGCGCGGAGUGAAAAGGUCGUGGAUGGGAACGGUGGAUGGGGAUGAUGAUGCAGAGGCCAAGCUGCAGAGGGAGAUUGAUCGCAUCGCUGAGGAUGGGCGGCGGAGACGGCGCGAGGCGGAGGAGAAGCUCAAGCAGGAGAUGGAGGAAGAGGAGCGGCUGAUACGGCAGGAGGAGGAAGAGGCCAGACGGGCGGCGGAUCGGAGUAGUCAGAAGGUCGAUCGGUCGCAGCAAGGGGGCGGCACGAAUGUGCCUGAGUUGGACCGCGGCGUGAAGGUGCGCUGGGUGCGCGAGGGACGCGGGUUGGACCUGGAUGCUGAUCGCUUGAAGGCGCUGCUGGCUCCCUUUGGCAAGGUCGAGAACGUGCUGCUUCUCAAGGAUAAGCGGCAGCGGCUGGGCGACAAGCGCGUGAAGCAGACUGUCGCGACGGGGGUAGUCAUCUUCGCCUCGAUCGUCAGCGCUCACGCUGCUGUUCUCGGUAGCGAGAAAAAGAAAGGAAGCCAUACUGCCGACAGCGACUGGUCUGUCAUCGAGUCGGUCUUCUGGGCAUCAGGCGCUCAGCCCGAGCUCGGCACGGAGGUUGUCAACGGCGCCUCAUCGCCAGCCCCCAGCCCAGCAGCAGACAGCGCUCCCACUCCGACAGCUCCCUCCAAACCUACUUUUAGCUUCGCUGGUCUGAAGGCUGCAAGCACUGGCAAUGCUGCCAAAGGACCCGCAAAGGCACCCUCUUUCGGUUCCUUUGCCGGAGCAGCAGCUAGCUCUCCGAAGCCCGCGCCGAGUGCUGGCUCCACGAACGGAUCGAGCGCACCAAGCCUGGAAGAACUGACCUUGAUGCGCCUCAGAAACGCACAGCGGGAGAAAGAACGCAAAGCUCUUGAAGAGCAGCUGAGGAAGGAAGACGAAGCUGCUGAUGCUGCU